UUGAACUGUGGUGUUGGAGGAGACUCUUGAGAGUCCUUUGGACUGCAAGGAGAUCCCACCAGUUCACUCUAAAGGAAAUCAGUCCUGAAUAUUCAUUGGAAGGACUGAGGCAGAAGCUGAAGCUCCAAUACUUUGGUCACCUGAUGUGAAGAACUGACUCCUUGGAAAAGAUCCUGAUGCUGGGCAAAAUUGAAGGCAGGAGGAGAAGGGAAUGACAGAAGAUGAGAUGGUUGGAUGGCAUCACCAACUCGAUGGACAUGAGUUUGAGUAGGCUUUGGGAGUUGGUGAUGGACAGGGAUGCCUGGCUUGCUCCAAGUCCAUGGGGUCACAAAGAGUCAGACACAACUGAGAGACUGAACUGAACUGAACCUUACAGAGAAGAAAUUACUGAUAUUGUGGCUUUCACAAUUUUUUUCUAAAUGAUGCAGGCAGAAAAGUAAUUCACAUGAGACCUUACAAAUAUUAAAUCCUAUUAUGUCAAACAAAUGCCAUUAAAUAUGAAACAAAAUAUUGACUCUAUUUCACAAUAUAGUUUAUGGUUAACAAAUUUAAUAUAGAAUUUUAAACUACCAAUUUAGCUUAAUUGAAAGGUAUAAUUUCAUCAAUCCUGAUUAAAUAAAAGCAUGUUCAGUAUCCUCUCCCUCUGAGAUUUUUAAAUAGAACAAUUGAGAAAGUUUGAUGUUGGGAGUUAUGGUUGCCCAACAGUGAUAUUGGGGCUUCCCAGGUGGUUCAGUGGUAAAGAAUCUGCCUGCCAAUGCAGGAGACACGAGAGAGGCAGGUUCAACCCCUGGUUAGGGAAGAUCCCCUGGAGGAGGGCAUGGCAACCCGCUCCAGUACUCUUGCCUGCAAAGUUCCAAGGACAGAGCAGCCUGGUGGGCUACAGUCCAUGGGGUCGCAAAGAGUUGGACACCACUAAGUGCAUACACAAACACAAAAAACAGUGAUUAUGCUGAUUCCUUUUGAAUUAGGUUAUUAAGAUCACCACUAACCAAACUACAUUAACAGAAAGGUUGUACAUACAGUGAAUUCUACUGGUAUCCUGUAAACAUAUACAUGUAUAUAGUAGUAUUUAACAUAGACAAGCAAUACUGGCUAGGAGAAUUAGUACCCAUGCAUGGCCCACUCAGCCUUCCCAGUAGCUACCUCCAUGGUCAGAAAACUCAACUUGUAAGUAAUAACAUAUUUGUCAAGAAAUCAGUACUUGUCUCAGGAAGUCUAUAUUCCCACAGGUAGGGAGUAGCUUAUAGUAGAUUUUUAAAAAUUAAAGUAUAGUUGAUUUACAAUGUUGUAUUCAUUUCAGGUGUACAAUGUAGUGAUUCAAUAUUUUUAUAGAUUAGACUCCAUUUAAAGUUAUUAUAAAAUAUUGCCUAUAUUCCCUGUGCUAUGUGACAGUUUUCUUAUUUACCUCUUACCAGUUCUAGUUAUUUCAUAUCUUUACCAAUGCUUGGUACUGUCAAUGUUUUAAAUUUUAGCCAAUCUAGUCAGUAUAUAGCAGUAUCUCAUUGUGGUUUUAAUUCAGAUUUCUCUAUGAAUUACAUUUCUCUAGUGAUGUUGAGCACCUUUCCAUAUGCUUCUCGGCCAUUUGGAAAUUCUCUAUUGUGAAGGGUCAGUUCAAGUCCUUUUUCUUUAAUGACUAUGGGAUUCUUUGAGUCAUAUUUUGAGUCUAUGCAUUCAUUGUAAUGUUCUUUUCCCAGUUUGUGUUUUAUCAUUUUACUUUCUUAAUUAUCUUUAAUUAAUGACCAGAAGUUCUUAGUUUUUAUGAAAUCUAAUUUAUUAGCUUUUGAUGGUUAGUACUCUGUCCUGUUUAAGAAAUCUUUGCCUACUCCAAGGUUAUGAAGAUACUUUAUGUUUUUUCUAGAAUCUUUAUUUGUUUUACCUUCACAAUUAUGUUGAUGGUCUAUCUCAAAUUAAUUUUUGUGAAGGCAGGUAAAGGUACAGGUAAAACAGUUACUUGCUCCCACACUGUUUAUUGAAAAUAUCUUUCCCCCACUUAAAGAAGCUUAUGUAAUUAAUUUUCAACCAGUCUUCUUUUCUAGUAAAUCUACUUAAAUAUGCGUCGCUUUAGAUGCUUCCCAUAAGUUUAGAAAAUUUUUAAAAAGUAUUUCUUUAUUUGGCUGUGCCAGGUCUUAGUUGUGGCACGCAGGAUCUUUGAUCUUUAUUUUCGGCAUGUGGGAUCUAGUUCUUUGACCAGGGAUGGAACCCAGGUCCCCUGCUUUGGGAGCAGGGAGUCUUAGCCACUGAAUCGCCAGGGGAGUCCAUUCCCAUAAGUUUUGACACACUGUUUUUAAUUAUCAUUCAAUUUGAAACAUUUCUAGUUUCUUUUGUGAUUUCUCCUUUGAUCCCUGAGUUCCUUAGAAAUGUGGUGGAGAGUAAAGGACACUCAGCGCACCUCUGGCAGCCAACCUAGCCCACUGGAGAGGCUGGCUUGCUUUCGUCUUUGCACUCCUGGCAGCACUAUCGAUCCUGCCAUAUAAGCCGGGGACACGGAAUGGUCAGCAACUCCUGGGACGAGGAUCCAGCAAGCAGAGCCAGGCCAUGCUGACCGCAGUACUGCUGAGUUGUGCCCUGUUGCUGGCAAUGCCCACCAUGCAGGGGGCCCAAAUGGGCUCUGCUCCCCUGGAGGGCAUCGGAAGGCCUGACGAAGCCUUAUUCCUAGAGCUCCAAGGCCUAAGCCUGCAGCCAUUGCUGAAGAGGACAACGGAGGAACAGGCCGAAGAGGCGCUGCUGCAGGAGGCAGAGGCCAAGGCCUUAGCAGAGGUGCUAGAUCCGGAAGGACGCAAGCCACGCUCCCCACGUCGCUGCGUAAGGCUGCACGAAUCCUGUCUGGGACACCAGGUACCCUGCUGCGACCCAUGCGCCACUUGCUACUGCCGUUUCUUCAACGCCUUCUGCUACUGCCGCAAGCUGGGUACCACCACGAACCCCUGCAGCCGCACCUAG